ACGGGGACUCCGGAGCUGGAAAGGCGACUUCUGGUGGACAGCCCACUCCUACAUGUAGGCACAGAGGUCGCGCAGAAGAAACCCACCGCUUCAUGUUGUUCUGAAACAGCCUCCAUGUAGCUUCAACUCGGCUCUGUCAAAGCUGCCCGAUUAAACGAGAGGAGAUUAUGACUGAAAACACCUGGGUGCGGCACAGAAAGGUUUCGCUCUGCCGGAGGUCGUACGCAUUUUUGCCUUUUGUAUUUCCUUGCUGAAUGUCGUGGACAUUUUGGAUUUUUUUUAAUGCUCUGUCAUUAAGUCUUACCAAUUAAGGACCAUUUUUCGCGUGUUUUCGCCUUCGACUAAUUUGUUGAGUAACAGUUGGCAGGUAAAUACUUUUUAAGUGCGAAAACAACUGUAGACGAAAACGUUAAACAACGGCUCGCUGAGGAGAAUGUGCGUACUGGGCCAGCUUCGAGUUGCUCUUUAAGUGGGCAACGGUAGCUAGCUGCUAACACUAGCAAACUGCAAAUUGAACUGCCCUCAAGAGAAUCUGUGAAGCUAGCUAAUGCCAACUCGUCGAAAUAUUUUUUGGAUAGUGUCCCUCUUCUCAUAACCUGGACACCAUUAAAUGAGACGCUGACUCGACGGUAAUUUAGAUAAGCAAAUUGUUGCUGUUGGAUCUAUCAUCUGCCAUCCACUGGGAUCCAGGCGCUUGAGUCCUAAAUGACAAGUGCCUGAGGAUGUCCAAGCGGAGCUUGUUUGUUCGUCUGGUGCCGUGCAGCUGCUUGCGGGGUGAGGAGGAGGCGGUAACAUCGCUCGACUACUCCCACUGCAGCCUGGAGACUGUUCCUAAGGAGAUCUUUAGCUUCGAGAAGACCCUGCAAGAACUUUACCUCGAUGCCAACCAGAUCGAGGAGCUGCCUAAACAACUGUUCAACUGCCAGUUACUCCACCGACUGAGCAUGCCAGAUAAUGACCUAACAGUGUUGCCGGCAGCAAUCGCAAACCUCAUCAAUCUCAGGGAGCUUGAUGUCAGCAAGAACAGUAUCCAGGAGUUUCCAGAAAACAUCAAAAACUGCAAAGUCCUAGCUAUUGUAGAAGCCAGUGUGAAUCCCAUAUCCAAGCUCCCUGAAGGUUUCACCCAGCUUCUGAGUCUGACACAGCUCUACCUGAACGAUGCCUUCCUCGAGUUCUUACCAGCCAGCUUCGGCAGGUUGACUAAACUACAGAUCUUGGAGCUGAGGGAGAACCAGUUAAAGAUGUUGCCAAAAAGCAUGCAGAAGCUCACACAGCUGGAAAGGUUGGACCUUGGGAGUAAUGAGUUCACUGAAGUGCCUGAGGUGUUGGAGCAGCUGAGUGGAAUCAGGGAGCUGUGGAUGGACGGGAACAGACUGACGUUUUUACCUGGGAUGCUGGGGAUGCUAAAACAGCUGGUGUACCUGGAUGUAUCAAAGAACAACCUGGAGAUGGUAGAUGAGCAAAUCUGUGGUUGUGAGAGUCUGCAGGACCUCCUGCUGUCCAACAAUGCCCUCACACAGUUGCCAGGCUCCAUCGGCUCACUGAAGAAACUGACCGCACUGAAAGUGGAUGAGAAUCAGCUGAUGUACUUGCCAGACUCCAUCGGAGGUUUGACAUCUCUGGAUGAGCUGGACUGCAGUUUCAAUGAGAUCGAAGCUUUGCCCUCUUCCGUCGGCCAGUGUGUCAGCAUCCGCACCUUUGCUGCAGAUCACAACUUCCUUAUGCAGCUUCCUCCUGAGAUGGGCAACUGGAAGAAUGCAACUGUGCUGUUCCUACAUUCCAACAAGCUGGAGUCUUUGCCUGAGGAGAUGGGUGACAUGCAGAAGCUCAAGGUCAUCAAUCUCAGCAACAACAAGUUAAAGAAUCUUCCCUACAGUUUCACUAAACUGAACCAGAUGACUGCAAUGUGGCUGUCUGAAAAUCAGUCAAAGCCCCUGAUCCCGCUCCAGAAAGAGGAGGAUCCAGAGACACACAAAACUGUGCUGACCAACUACAUGUUCCCCCAGCAAACCAGGACUGAGGACUACAUCCCCAACUCUGACUCUGAGAGCUUUAAUCCAGCUCUCUGGGAGGAACAACGCAAGCACCGAGCUCAGGUGGCCUUUGAGUGUGACGAGGACAAGGAUGAGAGAGAAACACCACCAAGGGAGGGAAACCUGAAGCGCUACCCUACACCAUACCCAGACGAGCUGAAGAACAUGGUGAAAACAGCCCAGUCUGUGGCUCACCGGCUGAAAGAGGACGAGUCGAGCGAUGAGUCGGGGAAAGAUGCUAAACCGAUCGAGAGGAACCACAUUGGCAUGCAGGACGUGGGAGUAAAGGUGAUAGAGGCUCCCUGUCCCAACGGCAUGGUAUCAGACAUGGAGCCCCAAGUCUCUACCAACCCCUCCGCUCCGGACUCAAAAGACACUUCAGAGUCUUACAGCUCUCAGAGGGUCCCUCUCAAAUCCUCAGGGGGCUCUAUGAUGAACCACGAGGACACGCUGGAGGAUUCCGAAGAGCUGUCUGAUGAAGAAGAGGAGAUGAAAAUUGCAGAGAUGAGACCCCCUCUUAUCGAGAUCUCCAUUAACCAGCCCAAAGUCGUGACUUUAAGUAAGGACAAAAAAGAUGACGCCGACUCUUUGCUGGAUGAGACGGUGGCCAACAGCAACCAGAACAACAGCAACUGUUCGUCUCCAUCGCGCAUGUCUGACUCGGUGUCUCUGACCACAGACAGCAGUCAGGACAAUUCUCUGUGCACCCCUGAGAGAGAGGCAAAGAUGUCCUUCUUACCAAAAACGCGGCAAGAAGAUGAGAAUAUGAACCAGCCUAAAGACACCACCCCUCUCCUCCACAAUGGCAAUGGCUCUGAAACAUCCCUUCAGGCCCUUUUGAAAACCCAGCAGACCCCGCCGGAGAAAAUGGGCGACUACGACCUGUCCAUGGAAGCCAGACUGGCCUUCAUUGAGAAGGGAAUUAACAACGGCAUGGGAGAAACCUACACAAAGUGGGACCAGAUCAAUAUGAAUGUGUCAAAGUUGCCAACCGACAACAUGGUGCAGCUAGACGAGGUGGACAAAACCAAGAAUGGCUCGGUAACGCGGGAGGACUUGGACAGCAAGCAGGGUUUUAGCAAUGACAACAUGGAGCAUUUUCUGAAUGGGAACCAGCAGGUCAGUGACUGCAUCAAUAGUUUGGGCAACAAAAGCCAAGCGAUGAGAGUAGAGACAUCUGCUGUGCAUGUGGCCUCGACAGGCACGACAGCCAGCAGUGACAUGUCUCUUUCUCGCAGCACAGAGGAACUGUCUCCAGAGAAAAGGUGCCAUCCCCCGCAGGUGAUGAAGUCUCACAGUGUCAGCAACAUAGAAACGGGGGGCAUGAAGCUAUACUCCUUUGAAGGGGAUAGCGACUCCUACGACACAGCAGGAAUGACAAGGAUGGCGGGAGCAGGCCCGGGGCCGGGGGCUCAGGGCCAGAGCAUCGUCAGGAGCAAGUCAGCCAGUCAGUUACUCAAUGACCAGACACUCCAGGUCCAUCCCAGCUCCUCUGCAUCUUCCUCAGACCUGCUGUCCUCCUCCAUGCCCCCUGCCAGCACCAGCAGAUAUCCAAUCUCCUCCAGCAUGGGCAUCCCUCCUCCUCAGUACAACAUACAGUACACGAGCAGUGCCAUGCCUAAAGAGGGCCUCUGGACCCAGAGGACGCCCAUGCCCCCAGAGCACCAAGGCUACCUCCCUCCUCCCCCACACUCACUAGCCAACACCAACUAUUCCAACCGUAAUCAGGCACCUCCCUACCCGCUACAGCCCCAGCAGAGGGGGCCUCCAAUGGGUCCCAAACCCUCCGGGGACAUGUGGGCCAUGGGACUUCAUUCUACUGGAGGCCAGUCUAGAAGCAGCACUCUGCAUAGGCAAAGCAGCACCGCCUCCACAGCCUCCAUGGGUGACCCGAGGCGCAUGCAGGUGCCGGAUGGGGAAUACAUGACAUACAGGGACAUUCACACCCUCGCCAGGGGGCCGCUGGCGAUGAGCCAGGCCAUGCAGAGGCCCCUCUCGGCUCGCACUUACAGCAUCGACGUACCCGGAGCUUCCAGGCCUCUCAGCGCCAGGCCGCAGCCCCAUGAGCUUCCAGAGAGGACCAUGUCUGUCAGCGAUUUCAACUACCAGCACGGCAGCCCCAGCAAGAGGCCCAACACCAGGGUGAAGUCCGAGCACUCGCUGCUGGAUGGGUCUGGACAGGUGUCAGGAGGAGGGGGAAGGGUGCCAGCUGACUGGAGAGACCAGGUGAUGCGGCACAUCGAGGCCAAGAAAAUGGAAAAGAAUGCGCUGUCUCGCUCCUAUAAUUCCAAUAACGCUCCGCUGAGCUGGUCUCACUACGGCAGCUGUAGGGAUAUGCAUGCCAGCCAAGGGUCCCUGGUCUUUAGUGCCAGGGACGGACAGCCCUACGGAGCUCUGGGCUUCUGUGUGCCUUUGAUGAACGGUCAGAUGGGCCUUUCUGGUCGUCCUCAGAUGAGCCAGGCGCCCAUGGCCCGCCACCCUUCCAGAGAGCAGCUCAUUGAUUACCUGAUGCUCAAAGUCUCCCAUCAGCCCCAGGGGCCCCCACGCAUCCCACAGGACGCACUCCAGCAAGAGAUCCGUGUGAAAGUGGAGAAGAAUCCAGAGCUGGGUUUCAGUAUAUCAGGAGGCGUGGGAGGCCGGGGAAAUCCCUUUCGUCCAGAUGACAAUGGUAUAUUUGUGACCAGAGUUCAGCCGGAGGGGCCGGCAUCCAAGGUUCUUCAGCCUGGAGAUAAAAUUAUCCAGGCGAACGGAUACAGCUUUAUGAAUAUCGAUCACGGGAAUGCAGUGUCCCUCCUGAAGACAUUUCCAAACACUGUGGAUUUGACUAUCAUAAGAGACAUGCAAGCAUAGACUCAACUAAAGGGGGGGGACAGGAGAAGAGAGGCGAACAGAGAAAUUUAUGUUGACUCUUAUUUUUAUACACGGAGGAGACUGAUCUGUUGAUACCUGUUGGGACUAUUUAUAGUAGAGAUCUUCAUAGCCUUGAUUAAACGGGGAAAACCACUGAAUGUAGUGGAUCAAAGUGAGACGGCGGCAAACCUCUGCAAGUACGAGUCCUCAAAAGGCCAUCACUGUGGUAUAUAUAUUUUUAUACAAAAGAAGCUGAAGAUACGACCUGUCCGGCUCCCUAUCUGCUGUUCUCCAAUUAACCUUUUUUUUUUUCGUUGUUUAAGAUGUUGAAACCAUUUUCUGGUCUGCCAUGUGAUCUGAUAUGGAGGACAAUGUUACGUGCUUUUCAUGUGGAAACGAAUGUAGAUCAAGGAGGUGUUUGAUUUUGUUUUUUUUGGAGAGACUUUUUUUUUUUGUUUCUCUUCCCGCAAGAUCCAAGAGUUGAGCGGAGGAAAUCAUCCACGCCUGCUUCCAUUAACCCUGCGAAGACCCUCCAGCAUGUGGACACGAUUCUGUCCUUAUUUCCUCCAACAUAUCCUCACGGCAACUGCUCGGCAUAUCACCUCAGCAGACCGCUACCUGUCCGUCGCAGCAUAAACAGCUUCUCAGAUGUCGAAGAAAUGCAGUCUGCAUGUGAUCAGUUAAAGAGACCGGGAAGUGGAAAAGAAAUUCAAAAAUUUGGGAAGUGGGGGAGGAGAGUUUGCUCAGCCUUAAUCUGUUUUGCCAGUCAGAGGCUUCUGUUUAAAACAAAGGUUUGAUGUUUUGGGAAAUUCGCUCCUUCACAUUCAGGUAGCGUGCAAUGAAAAGACCGAAGCGCCAGCAGCUAGCAAGCUUAAGCUAGAACACAGACUGGAAGCAGAGGGAGGUGGCUAACUUUGAAUUGUCUGUUUUACGCCUCCAUUUUUUUACUUUUAAGCAAACAAUCUCUAACAUGUUCUUAAGUAAAAUUUUGAGGUGCUGGAAGGUGAAUUUUCCCCCCAUCUCCAGUCUCUGUGCUAAGCUACGCUAGCCAGUUGCUGCUCUGAUUAACAGAACGCUAUGAGCGUAGCAGCUGUCGAGCUUCCCCCUUGCACUUAUUCCCCAAAAUGUCGAACUUAUUCCUUUAAGCAGAGAAACAUACGGCGGUUAUGCUAGCUAACCAAAGCAAGUUUAGAAAUUUGGACAGAAGGCAGAAGCAGGAGACAACUUCAGAAAGAUAUGAACAAGAACAUGUCAACGUUUCACACAUGUUUUAUUUUGUAAGGGCUUCAUCUUUCAGGCGGCCAUUGGUGACAUCUUGUUUGUAUUGUAGGGGUUUCAGCAUCUUGCAGUUUUUUUUUUACAUGGGAGAAGACCACAGUUUGCCUUUUUGUGUCUAUACAGAUGUUUUAUUGUGCAUUUUACACGUCACUUUGGAGCAGUUUUUUUUUUCCUUUGCUGUACAGAGAGUCGAGUUGGGAGAAGCAAGUUGUCAAGUGCCAUAGACCUUGAACUGUUUGAACAGGGGAGGACCUUUGACCCCAGAGCCCAAGCAAUAUUCACAUAUUCACAACUGUCUGAGUACAUUUGCAGCAUAAUGGCUUAAAAGCAAUAUUUAAAGCCUUUAUUUUCGUUCAGAAAAACAACAUCAGAUAGCAUUUUUAAGAAAACACAACCUUUUAGUAAUCCCUGGUGAUUUUACAUGAUUUUUAUAUUGUUACCAGAAUCUUUUUUUGUAAUGAAAUAGCACAGGAAAUAUACACGGUAGUGCUAACACAGAAAAUGAUAAUAAUAAAAAAAGGAUCUCUGCAUUGUGUAAAAGUGAAUGUUUGUGUCACUUUGCCCACGGCUUCCAACUGUUUGUUGCUUAGAUUACCAUGACGAUGAGCAUCUGUGCAAAAUGAUCAACGUACACUGUUGAGUCCGGUCGAAGCUGCAGCUCGGAACAUUCCUAAUGUUGUCAAAAGAGCAGUCAGAAGGAAAAAAAAUGUGUCUUUGAGUCCACUUCAUGCUCCUCUCCGGUGAUAUUCACGUGUAAAUAACGAUUCAGUGAGACGUAUUUCCAGAAGAAAUGGAAAUGAUAAACUUCACAUGCUGAUGGGCCCAUGAAUUCAAACCGCACAUUGGUGACCACUGAAUUGUUUGUUCAAUAUAUAAAAAAGCAAAUGACGUUCCCUCAACUUGUUUACAGUAGAUUGUGUCAUCUGCUGCACUCUUCCUGUAUGUAAUUAACUUUGACCCACAUUUUGUGCUUUUUUUGAACCAAAAUGAAAACACUGUGGUAAUUAACUAAAUUAAACGUCCCUUUAAUUCUAAUGAUACUAGUCAUACUGUUUUAAAGGUAGCUGUACCCUUAAAUUGUUUUUAACUGAAUCUAAAAUUUUAUUCACAGGCAAAUGACGAUAUAAUGCGCAUUUCCCAAAUUUCUCACAGAACAUGUAGUAUUUUACACAGAUGAAUUGUUGUUUAUAUUAUUUGUAUUAAUUUUGUGCUGAUUUUCUGUUGACUUUUUAAGAGUAGGGGAGGAAACAUUUCGGGGGGGCUAAUGGUCACUUUAUAUUCAUGGCAAAAACACAGUCUGACAUGGUAGACAAUCUUGAGAGAUAAAACGUCACACUUUCUUCAUCCACGUUGGUCUGUUUGUCAUGCUCUCAUAUUGUUCUUAUUUAUUUAGCAGUCGUCUGUGGUUUUUAGAUCUUACUAAUCAAAAUGUAAAUACUCUAAAACAAGUGAAAAAGAAUUGAUACUGGCAUUAGUGACUUGCGAUUGUAAAACCAGCAAUAAAUUGCAAUGCAGAGGCACCCGUUUUAAUGUAUAGCUAGUAUUUCUAAGGUUUCUCUGGAAACAGCCACAGUGAGAUGAUAAUUGAUAUGCAUUUAUCCAACAUUCCAGAUUUUGUACAUAAUUACCUGUUUCUGAAGUAACCUGUGGAAAAUAAAACUAA